GGUUUAAAAAAAAUAAAAAAACUAGAAGACAAUUCUUUUAUAUAACAUGAAAAGAAGAAAAAGGGAAAUUUUCAAAUUUCCAAUUUUCAAAAAGAAAAUAAAUAUGACAGAAAAAUAUAUAGCUUAGAAAAUGAGACGAAAAAAAAAUUAUAUUUAUUUAAAAAUAUAUCAUCUGUAAAUCUAAAUUCUGAUUUUAUUGAGAAACUAUCAUACUUUGUAAAUAUAAAAAGAAAUAGUCCAUGUUUAUAAAAAAUAAACAAUAUUAAAGAAGAUAAAAGAAGUGAAGCAUUAAAUGAUACUACAAAUUUUUUCAUUCAAAUUAGACAUUUAUUAUCAACUGAUGACAAAUUGUAAAGGCAAUAUAAAAAUUUAUUUAUUACAUCACUUUCUUUUAUUUAUCUUGGUGACUUUUUCAUUACUAAAGAUGAUAAUAGAAAUUAAAAAUUUUUUACACAUACAACUAAAAAAUAUAUCUGGGAUUUUCAUAGUUGUUCAUUACAAACUUUAAAUUUCCAUAGUAAAACAAAAGAUGAAAUGAGAAAAAUAUUUUUUAAUUUACUAUUGCUAGAAGAAGACUUAAAAAAGAAGAAAUCGUAUGAAAGAGAAUUUCUCCAUUUCUAAUCAAAAGUAGGAGAGAGUCUAAAAAUUGCUAAAGGAUAUGAAGAUGAAUGUUCAAAAAAGAUGAAGACUGCUUUUGAUAAUUUACAGUACAGUUUAAAAUAUCAAUAUUGUUUGAGGUUUAUAUGGAAUAAACCUUCGUGUAACUAUCCAUGUUGUAAAGGUAAAUGUUGCUCUUUAUUAAAUUGCCGUUUUAGACAAAUUGCUUUAUGCUAUCUACUUAAAGCAAAAAAUAAAAUAGAUAAAGAUUUAGAUAGUAUUCUUAUUCUACAAAUUGAUAGGUUCUUGAAUUCUUCUGAAUUACAAGAAAUAAAGAAAACAAAAUUUCAUGAAAAAAAAGUAAAAAACCUUUUAGCUCUGUUGACUGAAAACAUUAUGGAUAUUAAAAACGAUUUUAAGAAACAGUCAACCUUUGCACAUACUAGUCUUGAUAUGUUUAUAAAAUUAUAGAUGAAUUCUUUUAAGAUGAAUUUUUCUUCAACAAACAUUUUAAGAGAACUUUCCCCUGUUUAAAUUCGAUUCAAGAGGGAUUUCCAUUAUUCAGAUCUAAACGAAGAAUUAAGAGAAAAAUUUUGUUAUUAUAAAAGAGAAUUUUAUAUUUUAUUUUAUAGAUUA